AUCGAAGCAAGUCACAGCUCUACUAAUCGUGGCUUGCUCAUAUCUAUCUACCUGCUUGCUAUUUUGGAAUUGUGAUUAGUUUUUUGUUUUUAUUUAAUUGAGCUAUAAGUUUAAAGUGUGUUGUUAUUUUUAAACAAUUGACUCGACGAAUUUCCCUCAAAUCGAAAAUGUGCCUUUAGUCGUGUACACAACGGCAACUAGAGAAGUUUCCACUAAUUUCGACCUGAAGCUUAGAAACUGGAAACCAAACCAAGUCACGAUGUCAACAAAUAGCAGGCUACUAAUAUGUUGGCUAAUGCAAUUGUUGUUGUUGGCAACGAUUAAGGCACAACUGCCCAAUGACCUGCAACAACAACAACAACAACAGCAGCAGCAACAACAAUUGCUGCCGGGUCAACAGCAACAACAACAACCGCAAGGAUAUCAGCCCACUUAUAACAAGGACUAUUCACCUCGUUAUAAUCCACUUUAUACGGGUCAACAGCAAAAUCCCGAAAAUACACAAUACGAGAAUCCAUUGCUGGACUUUAAUAACCAACCAGGCAAUCCCAAUUAUGGUGGCGGCGCUGUCAAUCCCAAUAACUACAACAACUACAACAAUUAUGACAGCAAUCGGCCGUUAAUGGGCGGUGGCAGCAACGUAGGCGGUCCUGGCAGCCUUGGUGGCAAUCUGGGCCCACAAUACGAUCCCUUUAAUCGCAAUAGUGUGACUGGAAAUGUCGGGAAUGGACUCGGCUAUCGGGACAUGUUCACAGAUGAGGACAACUUUUGUCCUGAACACUGGGUUUCCUACAGACAGACUUGCUAUCGCUUCAUACGCUCACCCAAACGCAACUGGGCUGAGGCCAAAAAGAUCUGCAAGGCCUACACGGCGGAUCUGAUCAAUGUGGAUAAUGUGGAGAAGCAUGCGUUCAUUUUGAAGAAUCUCAUAAUGCAGAAUCAGCGACAAAAUCGUUUCUUCAUCUCGGCACGACAAUCGGGUCCCCAGAGUUGGGUUAAUGAUGACAACUCGCAGUUGCUGCAGAUGGAGGAUUCAUUUGCCUUCGACGAGCAGCUGGCGCUGGAGAACGAGGAUCUCAUUGACAAUCGCUUCCUGGUGCAAAAUGAUAUAAGCAAUAGGAACUUUAAUAAUCCCAAUAGUCAAUACUACAACACCAUGACGGGCACAACAAAUAUCAAUCAACGCAAUCAAAACAAUUUACGCGGUUACUUUGGUCCCAAUCAGCCCUAUGGUGAUAAUGGAUAUUUACGGGAUCGUGUCGUUUAUGCUUAUUCAAAGAAACGCGAUCGCUGGAUGUUUAUGCCGGCAUAUGAAAUUGAAUUGAAUCUCUUUAUCUGCGAGUCCAAGGCACUUUACAGUCCAGACAAUGUAUACACCAAGUUGGACGAUAAGCGUCCUUAUGAUUAUGGUCUGGAUGUGCGCGACUUGGAGCGAAUACCACGUGGCCCUUACUUUGUAAGGCAACCGAAUGAUACAACUUUUGAUGUGAACAAGAAUCGUCUGAUUGACGAUAUUUCUCUCAGAUGUUUGGCCGGUGGAUUCCCAACGCCCACCUAUGAAUGGUAUCGUGAAGUUUAUGUGAACGAUACGCUUGAAUAUCAUCGAAUUGAUCCAUUGACGGAGGAUCGUUAUACCAUAUCGGGUGGCAAUCUGAUUAUAUAUAAACCCAAGCAGGCCUUGGAUCAGGGAUCUUAUCAUUGCGUGGCUCAGAACAAAUUUGGAAGCGUGCGUUCCGAGAGUGCUCAUCUAAAUUUUGGUUUCAUCAUGGAGUUCAAUCUGAAGCGUUCGGUGGAGACAAGUGAAAUGAAUUGGGGCAAAUCAAUAUUCUGUGAUCCACCUCAACAUUAUCCGGCCAUUAAAUAUUAUUGGGCACGUGACUAUUUUCCCAAUUUUGUGGAGGAAGAUCAGCGCGUGUUCGUCUCGCACGAUGGUGCCCUGUACUUCUCCUUCAUUGAGACUGUGGAUCGUGCCAAUUAUUCGUGUACUGUGCAAACGACUGUCUCCGACACGGGACGCAAUGGACCUUUCUUUCCACUACGCGUCACUCCCAACAGUAACUAUCAGGCGUUGAUCUUUGCCAAUACCUUUCCCAAGGCAUUUCCAGAGGCACCUGUAGCCGGCGAUGAGAUUCGUUUGGAGUGCAUGGCCUUUGGUUAUCCCAUACCAUCAUACAAUUGGACGCGAGAGGGACUACCUCUACAGCGCAACGCCUACAUAACGAGUUAUGGGCGCGUGCUCAUCAUUAAGAAUGCAACCAUCAAUGAUAAUGGACAAUACACUUGCAGCAUUACAAAUCCACGCAAGACUCUUGUGAAAUCCAUUUAUAUCAAUAUUCAAAUGCGUCCCGAGUUUACCAUUCCGCUCAAGGACAUGAUCAAGGACUACAACAGCGAUGUGACUUUCAUUUGUGAAACCUUUGCCAUUCCCGAUGCCAACUAUACGUGGUACAAGAACGCUGAACGUCUCGAUCCCUUGACUAUCAAUCGUGAUCGUUAUGUUAUACAGGACAAUGUGCUGACUAUUAAGUUCCUGGAGAAGGACAAGGACGAGGGCAUGUAUCAGUGCGGUGCAACGAAUCAGCUCAAGACAUCCUUCUCGUCUGCUCAGUUGCGUGUGCUCUCCAUGAAACCAUCAUUCAAGAAACAUCCACUCGAAUCCGAAAUCUAUGCUGUCUACAAUGGCAACACGACCAUUGUGUGUGAUCCCGAGGCUGCACCGCGUCCUAAGUUCCAAUGGAAGAAGGAUGGUCAAGUGCUAGGAUCUGGUGGACAUCGGCGCAUUCUUCCCAGCGGCACACUUAUCAUUUCACCCACGUCUCGCGACGAUGAGGGCAUGUAUACGUGCAUUGCAUCCAACCAGGCGGGCGCAGAUGAAUCCCAUGCUCGAGUUAUUGUUCUACAGGAAAUUCGCUUUAUUCAGACGCCACCACAGAGAAUUGUAUCCAGGGAGCACGAUAUUAUCUAUUUCCAUUGCGAGGCGGCCUUCGACGAGCUGCUGGAUAUUGCGUAUGUAUGGAAGCACAACGGCGAGAUACUACGCAACAAUCACGACGGCACUCAACGCAUUAUUGUGGACUGGAACAGCUUGACGGUGCACAACAUCACAAUGCGUGAUGCUGGAGAUUACGAAUGCGUUGUGCAGUCAUCCGUGAAUGAGAUAAGCACCAAGACUAAUGUGAUUAUUGAAGGCGCUCCUGGUGCACCCGGUGGUGUCCAAGUAGUUGACAUUGGCAAGACCAAGGCCAUUAUUGAAUGGGUAGAUGGCGUGAACAAUGGACGACCUAUAAGAUAUUACAAUAUUUUGGGUCGCACCAAUUGGAAUCGCACCUGGGUGAAUGUUUCCACGCAUGUGCAGGCGACUGAGGUGGAUCGUUAUACAUCCCGCCAGCAGGCAGAGGUUAUCAAUCUGACACCCUGGUCCUCCUACGAGUUUAGCGUGACGGCUGUAAAUGAUCUUGGCAUUGGAACACCAUCGGCACCUUCGCCAAUCUACAGUACAAACGACGAUAAGCCGUACAUUGCACCACGGAAAGUUAGUGGAGGAGGCGGUAAGAUUGGUGAUCUUACCAUUACCUGGGAGCCGUUGUUGCCACAGGAACAGCACAGUCAUGGCAUACAUUACAAGGUCUUUUGGAAGUUAAAGGGCGCCUUAGAAUGGGCAUCGGACUUUAUUAUAAAAAAAGAUAAUGCUGGCAUUGCCGUUGUCAACAUUCCACUCAACAAUUACUACACCGAGUACGAAGUGAAGGUGCAGGCAAUCAAUAGCAUGGGCAAGGGACCAGAGAGCGAAACCGUUGUUAUACACUCAGCUGAGGAUAUGCCACAAGUGGCACCGCAGAAACCCUUCGCUCUGGCAUACAAUUCCACCUGCUUUAAUGUAUCUUGGAGUCCCAUUGACAUGUCACGUGAAAAUAUUCGUGGCAAGCUUAUUGGACACAGGUUGAAGUAUUGGAAGACUGAGCAUCAGGAAGAGGAUGCCGUUUACUAUUUGUCGCGUACCACACGAAACUGGGCAUUAAUUGUGGGUUUGCAGCCGGACACGUAUUACUUUGUUAAGGUCAUGGCCUACAAUGCGGCAGGAGAAGGUCCAGAGAGCGAACGUUUCGAAGAACGCACAUAUCGCAAGGCUCCACAGAAGCCGCCGUCUUCAGUGCAUGUCUUUGGUAUUAAUCCGUCUACGAUACGCGUUGUGUGGCGUUAUGUGUCGCCAGCGCAGGAUGAGGAGCCCAUUGAGGGCUAUAAGGUGCGCAUUUGGGAGACGGAUCAGAAUAUGAUCACUGCGAACAAUACCAUUGUGCCUGUUGGAGAGAAACUAGAGUCCUACAUAAACACCCUUACACCCGGUAAGAGCUACAACAUGCGAGUGCUCGCCUACAGCAAUGGUGGCGAUGGCCGCAUGUCCAGUCCAACGCUACGCUUCCAAAUGGGCAAGACGACUCGCAAUGCAGCGAAUACACGACAUGGCCAUAACAUCAAUACAGCAUUGAUCAUGAGCGUGUUGUUGUUUAUUACCACCUUUUUCUUUACCAAUGCCAAUAAUUAGAAUGAACAGCAAUUAAUUAGGCAGUAAGUUUUCUAAACCGUCCAGGAGAUGCAAAGCGCACAGCUUUACAACACCAUACACAAAACUUCAAAGUCUCGUUUAGAUGAAAUAUCAGCAAAACAUUCCGUCUUUAUAAUUAUAGAGUAAUCUCAGCGAAUUGAGCAUAUGCAAAAUACAACUACAGGCAGAGAUAAGAAAGUGACCUUAUAUACAAAUAAGUAGAGCAUAUGAAUUAAAAACAAGAAAAACCCAAAAAACAAAUUUUUAUAAAUAUUUUUCGAGCAUAGUAUAUAUAUGAAUAUGUAUGUUUUUUCUUUUGACUUAACAACGAACGAAUAUUGUACAUUAGCAAUAAGCAUAAACCCGUCCCUUAUCUGUUUUGUUUCAUCUUAAUUUUAUAUGAAUUUUUCUAGUACAUAUUAAUUGUACAAUGUAUUAAAUAUAAUUGUGUCCAUUAUACAAAUCUUACAAGCUGCUAUUUUAUAAUAAAAAAGAAAGAAAA